AUGGCACAAGAACUCACCAAUGCAGUGAACAGCAUCGGCCAUUCGUGGAAGACGCAGUCGCUGGAGUACCUGCUGGCCGAGGGGUCUGCAGCAGAUUUGGAUUUCCAAUUGGCAGUCACAGACGGCGACGUCCUGCAAGUCUAUGAACCUGCUGGCGUGGCCAAGCUUCUGAGGGACAUGUACGGCAACGAGGGCGCUUCCAGCAAACCCGAAUUUCGCGUCAACGGCUUCGCCUUCCACCCGCCGGGGCCCGCGCUGGCGCGCCACCACAUCGACAACGUGUGCCGGGGCAUAAGCUUCACCGCCAAGACGGGGUAUGGCAAACGACCGCCGGGAACCCGGGUGCUCGUUGACUGCGAGCUCUCUGCCAAUGUCGUGACUGGCCGCGCGCAGCUGCGAAUCGAUACGACUAG